AUGUCCAAAUGCAGUUUUGGGCAAUCAUCCAUAGGGUAUCUGGGACACAUCGUGUCCAAAGAAGGAGUGAAAGCCGACCCUGAAAAGCUACAAGCGAUGGAGCAGUGGCCACUACCGAAGGACCCACGUGGUAUGAGAGGAUUCUUAGGCCUCACAGGCUACUACCGACGAUUUAUUCAGGGAUAUGAACUGAUUGCAUCUCCCUUAACUCACAUGUUAAAAAAGGGAGAGUUCACAUGGACGGAUAAGGCUAGAGAAGCCUUCACCAAGCUGAAAGCAGCUAUGAUGAGUGCACUUGUACUCACCUUGCCAGACUUUACCAAAGAGUUUGUGGUAGAAACAGACGCCAGUGAUAUUGGAGUUGACGCAGUUUUAAGUCAAGAAAGCCAUCCAAUUGCCUUCAUGUCAAAGGCCUUGACCAGCAAGGCAAAACCGUUAUCUACCUAUGAGAAAUAA